GGUGUCAAAAGUGGCCCCACUAGUGGUGGCAAAGGGUGCUGCAUCCCGCCAAGGCUCAGUCAUGGAGUGGGAGGCGGCAACCUCCAGUGAGCAUCGUCGCUUCUCGCCUCUCCUUCUCGUUAUGUGUUUAUUGUGUGGAAGGAGCACACAACGGGACGUGGGGAAAUGGAGAGUGAGUGCCGAAGGAAGUGGAAGGCGAGAUUUGCCCUGAGGCGAGACAUCUUGAAGGAGUUCCUGGCGGAGUUUCUGGGGAUAUUUGUCCUGAUACUCUUUGGAUGUGGUUCUGUGGCCCAGGCUGUCCUGAGCAAGGGGGCUCUAGGGGAGCCCCUGUCCAUCCACCUUGGCUUCACUCUGGGACUUAUGAUGGCCGCCUACAUUGCAGGAGGGGUUUCAGGAGCCCACGUGAACCCUGCAGUCACCCUGGCUAUGGUGAUGCUAGGCAAGAUUUCCUGGAAGAAGUUUCCCGUGUAUGUGGCCGCACAGUUUUUGGGGGCCUUUGCUGGGGCCUGCUGCGUCUAUUUUUUGAAUUAUGAUGCUUUAAUGGAAUAUAGCAGCGGGGAAUUUAUCGUUACUGGAGAGAACGCCACAGCUGGCAUAUUUGCAUCUUAUCCCGCAAAGCAUCUCUCCACCCUCAAUGGAUUCCUUGACCAGGUGGCAGGAAGUGCUGCGUUGAUCCUGUGCAUCCUGGCCAUAACGGACUCGAGGAACAUCGGUGCUCCCAAAGGCAUGGAGCCUCUGUGCAUCGGCCUGGUCAUACUGGCCAUCGCCGUCUCCAUGGGCUUGAACUGCGGCUAUCCCAUCAACCCUGCACGAGACUUCAGCCCGCGACUCUUCACAGCAAUGGCAGGAUGGGGAUGGAAUGUCUUCAGGGCUGGAGGGUGCUGGUGGUGGAUCCCCGUUUUCGGACCCAUGGUUGGCGGCGCAGUGGGAGCCGCUAUUUACUUCCUUUUCAUCGAGCUGCACCACGCCGAGCCCAAACAGCAGGAAGAAAACAACGGGCAACAAAAGUAUGAAAUCAUAACUCUGUCUUAGAAGCAAAUAUGCUCAUGAAAUAAACGUUUCCUCAGAAAGCAGUUGAAGAAAUGUAGGAUUUCUCCCAGACAAUCAAUGAAGAAAGGCAAUGAUAAUGAAGAAAAUUGUAUUAUUUUCAAAAAUAAUUUACCAUACUGUAGUGUUAUAAUGUUAUUAUUUAUUUCUUAUUUAGCUUCCGAGCUAAAAAGUUUCAUUUCAACUACUAUGUUGUGGUUGAAUCAUUUUAUAUCAAGUACAGUAUUUCAAGGUGUUUACUACAAUGGAAAUCGUUCAUUUCAGGCAUUUUUUUGUUUUCAAUCUUUGAUGUUAUCAGUAAAACGAAGUAAGCUACACUCAUCUAUUUUUGCAAACCUGUCAGGUUUCUAACCACAAUUGAGUGGAAACAUUGUAAUUGCAAGUGAUUCAUAUUUUCAUAUAAAUAGGGUGCAUUUUAUCUCUGUAUUGUUUGGACACAAUGAGAUAGAUCCAUAUUCUUUUAAAUAACAUGACCAUUAAAUAAUACUGUACGUACUGUAGCUAUUACGUAUCUUAGCACCUAAAUAUUUAUAUUUGAUCAUGUAAAGUAUGGUGGAACUUCCACACAGUACCUUCUCAUGUUGGCUUCCAAGUGGUGCGAAUUUUAAUGCCACUUUGUUCGAUCAUGAAAAGUGUACAGGCAAAGUUUUAAGUAGACUUGUCACACGUGUCAUACAAGCAGCACACAUGAAUGGAAAACACAUUGGCGUGACCUCCAUAUUUUAUUUAACCCUUUCCGAUCGAACCCAAGUUAUGAACCACUGGCUUAGGAUAACAAUUUGGUUGUGCUUGUGCAACCUCACAACUACCUACAAGUAUACAGGGAAGCUAAUCACAAGUACCAACCUUGUGUGGCAUUUUAUAGGGAAUGCUGGUAUUGAUUAAGCCUUGCCAUAUUUAAUUCUAUCAAAUGUAUCAAUGAUGUUGUAGUUAGCAAGCAGAUAAUGUUCCUGUGUGCAUUAUGGAAGUUCCGCUGUAUAUGAAUGCAUUACAGUAAUAUGUGUUUAGUAGUAUUCACUUUAUUUUCUGCAUGUGUUCAAAGCUCUGCAAGUAGUUGGCGUUGUUUUUAAUUAUUUUAUUUUAUUAUUAUUAUUACAUAUACCUGUAUGUAUUUUUAGAAACUCCCGCCUUAAGUGAUUCUAUGCACAUCCCUUUUUUGCAUAUCCAAGCACCCAAGAGCACAGGUGUCAAAUCUCUGGUCCUCGGAGGCUGUUGUCCUGAAGGUUUUAGAUAUUUCCCUUCUCCAAAACACCUGAUUCAGAUGAUGAACUCAUGAACAAUCUCUGCUGGAGCCCGCAAAUGAUUCUGAUCAUUUAAAUUGGGCGUAUUGGUGGCCUUUGAGGACCGCAGUUUGCCACCUGGGCCCGAGAGCUGUAAAGUCAAAGUGACACCAAAAUGUUCGGUGAUAUAUUGCUACUGUGUCAUUAAUGAGCCUGUACGAUUGUAGUUCUUUACCUGUAAUAAAAUAGAACUGAAGUGUGACUAAGAAAUAUUAAACGUAUGUAUAUGUAUUGACGGUAUAUGGAUAAGAAUUCCCACAUGAAUGUGUGUUCUAUUUGCUGAGGAGAGUUGACGCGGACAUAUAGUUAUUUCCUGUGUACAGUGUAUAUGUGUGUGUGUGGAAGGAAGAGCAGCAUUAUUUAUAAACAUGUGCCCUUAAUGGACAUUUAAAUAAAGAAUCAAAUUUUAAA